CGAAACUCGGCUUUUAAAACCGCGGCCCCCGCCCGUCGGAAUCGCAUCUCGAGACCCGCGAAGCGUCCCAGCCCCGCCCGCUUCGCUCCCGCAGCAGCAGCGGCCCCGGCCCCGUGGGCUCUGAACCAUGUACACCCGCAGUAGGGUGCUGGGCGCCGGGUCCAGAGUCCCUGCCGCCUCCCGCCCGGCGCGGGACCCCUCUGUGCGGAGCAGGGAGCUGGGCCCGCCGGAGGGUCCCAGGCCGGGUUUGGAGGCGACUCCCGAGAGCCCUUCGCUGGAGAGUCCGGAGCGCGCGGCCCCGAGGUUCACAGGCGCAUAUACCGUGAUAGCACCAAAUGAAAAGCGAAGAAAUGAGAUGCAACGGAUUGCUGAGAAAGAGCUGGAGGACCUGGAGAGAUGGAAGGAGAAACAUAGGCGUCAGCCCAUUAACCUGGAGCCCAGGCGGCUAGGUGGAAGCCAGUCAGAGGCUGAAGUCAGGCAGAGACAACAACUUCAGCUGAUGCAGUCGAAAUACCAGCAAAAGCUAAAUAGAGAAGAAAGCAUAAGAAUCAAGAAGGAAGCUGAAGAAGCUGAAAUCCAAAAAAUGAAGGCAAUUCAGAGAGAAAAGAGCAAUAAACUAGAGGAGAAAAAAAGACUUCAAGAAUUCCUUAGAAGAGAAGCUUUUAGAGAACAUCAACAGUACAAAAAUGCUGAGUUCUUGAGAAGACUGGACACAGAGCUGCCAAGCAGAAGUACCUGUCAAGUUGCUCCUUGCAAACUUCCUGUUCUGCCUAGGGAUCACAGCUGGGCCAGAAGCUGGGCUUGUAUGAAUUCUCUAAAGGAAGGGGAAAAUCGAAAAUUGCAAAAGAUGAAGGAAGAACAACAUCAGGAGAGUGAAUUACUGGAAUUUAAACGACAGCAACAGGAGGAAGGAAGAACCAAAACCCACCAGGCUGAACACAGGAGGGUAAAUCAUGCUUUUCUGGACCAACGUCAAGGUGAAGGCCAAGCAGGUGGCCUCCAGGGCUUUGGAGGCCGUUGGAAUAUGAAUAGUCGUAACAGCUGGAAUAUGUGAGAAAUGUUUGCUUCCAUCUGGCCUUUGUCAACUGACCUCGAAAAACCACAUGAGAUGCUUUUUACUUCAUGCAGCUUCGUUCACCCUCCCUGUUUUCACCUUGACUUCAGCUGCCCAUCCACUCGGCUGAGCAGCUGGGGACGACUGGUUUCUCCCUGUCCUUGCUUCUGUGUGUGUGCAGGAGCUGCCUGCUGAACUCCCACUUCAUCUCUGCUGCCAGCGACACGUUACGUUAGUUUUCUAAUUGGUCUCGCCUCUCACUGGGAGUGUAAUUACAGCCAUACUGUUAAGAUAGAAAAGAAGGGAAUCGUUUGAUGCUUUCAGGUUGGUAAAAAACUAUGAGUAGCACUUGCUUGUCUCUGUAAACAGCUAAUUCUCAUCCAAUUCUCAGAUCAGGUUUGGAGAAGCUUUGGCAUCUCUAGAUUUGAAUUCUGCUUUCUUAAUUCAGGCCAUAAAGGUGAGCAAGAGAAAAAAAAAGUCUUCUAUACUCUUUUAAAUAAAUUUAUAAAUAAAUUUUAAACUACUUCUGUA